UCCCACCAUUUUUCUUUCUUUUUCGGAGUCUUCUUUCUUAUUAUUGCCCCACAAAGAAUUAUCUUCUUUUCCUCCGUCGUCGUCGUCGUCGAACAAGCCCUAGAAAGCAAACCCUCGUUGCUCUCCUCUACUGAUAUUUCGGAUUGAGGGGGGUAAAAAUGGCGUCUUUGAGGACUCCUUCUUUUCCCAACUCUCUCCAGCUCCGAUUCGGUCUCAGGUGUAGGGAAUCCUCUUCGAUCUUCCUCCGGAUCCCAUUCCGCCCGUCCAAUCUCCGCAUCCGUCUGGUGUUCGCCGCCGAUGCGGCGGCGAGAGAUGGAGGUAAAGGCGGUUCAUGGAACAGCUCCAGUGGAUCGCUGGAUUCUUUCGCCGGAUGGUCAGACGCCGAGAGUGGCGGCGAGGACUCGCAGAAAAAGGGACGAUUUGGAGGGAUUCUAGGAGCAGGACUGGCUGGAGUUUUCUUUGCUGCUGGCAUUACAUUUGCAAUAUUAUCUCUUCACAGUAAGAGUUCUUCUGGUGGCAAAAUGCAGAUGGAGCCAUUAACAAAAGAACAAGAAGUACUAGUAACUUCUGAUGAUACGAAUGCAGUAGCUGAUCAGGCUGGAGAUGAAUCUAAUUUGCUGUUACCAGACAAAGAGAGUAAGAUAAAUUACUGCAAUUCAGACUAUGAGACAGGAGCAAAGGAGAACCAUUUUCCUCGUAUGGAAUUUAAUGAGGAUGCCGAUGAGGGCAGAUUUGAUUAUAUACACCAAAUGGGGACUUCACCAAUGCGAGAUUUAAAAUCAUCUGGUGACGGUGUUGAUGCUGUUCACCUAGCUUCAAGUGAAGAUGUUCUGGAAAUCACCCCAGAUGUUAAUAGCAUUCCUGUACCUGCUGGUUCUAAUACCAGCCCAGCUGAAUUGUCUGCUUAUGAUAUUGACUUUUCAUAUGAUACAUCUGAUAUGAAAGAUUCACAGAGCACCACACAUUCUGGCACUCUGGACUCGGUUAUUGGACAUGAUGCAGACAAAAGCACUGUCACUACUGUUGACUUAUCUUCUUCUAAUACUCAUUUGGUUAAUCAUGUAAGUGUUCAUCAGGAUGGAAAUUUAUGUCCAGCGGAAAUGGUAGAUUCUGAAGUUCCAUUGGAUUUCACAAGUGAGUUUGAAAGCAAACUUCCCAGUGAAAAAUCAACAUCCAAUCUCAUCUUACCAGAGUCAGUUGAUCUUGUAGAUUCCCAAGUUAGAGUUAAGGGUGUUACGGAGAAUGCGGACUCUGUGUCACAGGAUCAAGAUAUUGAGCAGAAUGGUUUGCUGCAGCAUCCUGCUGCUGCUAGCAUUUCACAUCCACUAGUACAUGACAUAAAUGAAACUACUAUAUUGGAAACAGUCAUUAGACCAGAUUUUGAUCAGAGUGAAGAACUGAUGCUUUCACAUGAUUCUAUCAGUUCUCCAGAAGGGCAUAAAUCAAAUGAAAUCACAACAUCUUUAGCACAUUCUAUAUCAGUAUCUUCAGAUCCUAAUGAAAAUGAACCUGAUUUGAACAGUCAUAAUCAAAUUGAAAAGGGCUCACUGUCUGAGUCACUAUUGCCUGAGAAAUCUUGGUCCCAUGCUGGUAUACCUGCUCCAUCUCUUAUCCCUGCAGCUCUACAGGUGCCUCCUGGAAAAGUUUUAGUUCCUGCAGUAGUUGACCAGGUUCAGGGGCAGGCACUGGCAGCACUGCAAGUUCUUAAGGUUAUUGAGGUUGAUGUUCAACCAGGUGAGUUGUGUACUCGUCGUGAGUAUGCUCGUUGGUUGGUAUCUGCAAGCAGUGCUCUUUCAAGGAACACACUUUCAAAAGUUUAUCCUGCAAUGUACAUAGAGAACGUGUCUGAACUUGCAUUUGAUGAUAUCACUCCUGAAGAUCCUGAUUUCCCAUAUAUUCAAGGCUUGGCAGAAGCUGGACUUAUCUCUAGCAAGCUUUCAAGAUCUGAUUUGAAUGGCUCUGUCAGUGGAAAGCAGGAUUCUGUUAUCUUCUCUCCUGACAGCCCUCUAUCACGCCAAGAUCUUGUGAGUUGGAAGAUGGCUUUAGAAAAGAAGCAACUUCCAGAAGUUGACAGAAAGCAUCUUUACCAGUGCUCUGGCUACAUAGACAUUGAUAAAAUAAACCCAGAUGCUUGGCCUGCGUUGGCAGCUGACUUGUCUGCUGGAGAACAGAGCAUUAUUACCCUUGCCUUUGGUUAUAUUAGACUUUUUCAACCUGAUAAACCUGUCACAAAAGCACAAGCUGCUAUUGCGCUUGCAACUGGUGAUGCUGCUGAGGUUGUCAGCGAAGAACUCGCUCGCAUUGAAGCAGAAUCCUUGGCGGAAAGUGCUGUCAAUGCACAUACUGCUUUAGUUGCUCAGGUCGAGCAAGAUCUGCAUGCAAGCUUUGAGAAGGAGCUUGCUAAGGAAAGGGAGAAGAUAGAGGCUGUGGAAAAAUUAGCUGAAGAAGCAAGGCUCGAAUUGGAAAGACUUAGAAGUGAAAGAGUGGAAGAAAAUAAUGCUUUGAUAAGAGGGCGUACUGUUGUUGAAUCUGAAAUGGAAGUGCUUUCAAGGCUAAGACAUGAAGUGGAGGAGCAGUUACAGAGCCUUAUGAGUAACAAGCUGGAGAUAUCUUUCGAGAGGGAUAGGAUAACCAAACUCCGGAUGGAAGCAGAAAGCGAGAACCAGGUUAUUGUCCAGUUGCAGUAUGAGCUGGAAGUUGAGAGAAAGGCUUUGUCCAUGGCCAGGGCAUGGGCGGAGGAGGAAGCAAGAAAGGCUCGGGAGCAGGCCAGAGCUCUUGAGGAGGCCAGAGAGCGCUGGGAGCGGCAUGGCAUCAAAGUAGUAGUUGAUGAAGAUCUCCAAGAUGAUGCUUCUGCUGGAAUUACAUGGCUUACUGCUGGGAAGCAGCCUCCAAGUGAUGAAACAAUUACCAGAGCAGAGAGCCUGGUGGAGAAGCUCAAGGCAGCGGCUGCUGAAAUAAAAGUUAGGUCUACAGCUGUUAUCGAGAAAAUAAUACAAAAGAUAGUCUUUCUAAUUUCGGCUUUGAAGCAUCGAGCAUCUGAGGCUUCCAAGCAUGCUUCAGAGCUCCAAAACAAUGCAAUCUCGAAGGUUAGAAACUCAAUAGAUGAGCUCCAGGAAAAUGCCUCCACGUUCAGCUCAACUGUUGGCGACAGCGCAAGAAGGGUUGUUGAAGAUUGCAGAAAAGGUGUCGAGAAAAUAAAUGCCUCUGAGUUCAGCUCAACCAUUGGUGACAGGGCAAGAAAGGUUGUUGAAGAUUGCAAAGGAAGUGUUGAGAAAAUCACACAAAAGUUCAAGACAUGAGAGUAUCUUCCCCUUUUGUUUUUGGAUUUGUUGUAACAGCCGAGGGUUCAGGUUGUUUAGUUCCUUUUCAGGAAGCCUACCUGUGUUAAGCCAGAGAUGCCCCAGAAAAAUAUGGGGUUCUGAAUAAAUUUGACAACAUUGUUACUUUAACAUCAUCAUAUUUAGUGAAUGGAAAUAAAAAAGUAUGAGAAUUCCAUGGUACUUUCACUU